CAUUUAAAGGCUGUAGCAGAAAAGUCUGAAGUCAGUUUCGAGCUCGGACUUCAUCAUGUCUGGAGUAUGGAUUAGACUGCUGCUCAGUGCGUCUGCCUGUGUCUGCGUUUCAGCUCAGCAACGAGGCACUCCAUCACCCCUUCAUCCCCUCCCUCAUCAUCAACAUGGUCAGACAGAGAAGCAGAUAGAGGUGCACAGUGUGAAGAUAGACUGUAAGGUGGCAUCUCGAUUCGCCCACACUGUCAUGACCUCCACAGCUCUGAACAAGGCCAACGUCUCACAGGAAGUGUUCUUCGAGGUGGAGUUGCCCAAGACAGCCUUCAUCACCAACUUCAGCAUGGAGAUUGAUGGUCAGAUAUUUACUGGAGAGGUCAAAGAAAAGGAGAAAGCCAAGAAGCAGUACGAGACGGCCGUGUCUUCUGGACAGACCGCCGGCCUGGUCAAGGCUUCCGGCAGAAAGAUGGAGAAGUUCUCUGUGUCCGUGAACAUCGCAGCCCACAGCAACGUCACGUUCGCUCUCACAUAUGAAGAGCUCCUUCAGCGUCGCUUUGGCAAAUAUGAGAUCAUGAUCAGAGUCAAACCCAAACAGCUGGUCCAGCAGUUUCAGAUCGUUGCUGAUAUCUAUGAGCCCCAGAGCAUUGACUUUCUGGAUAUCAACGCCACAUUCAUCACCAAUGAACUGCUCCCUCUGGUGGAGAAAACUGUCACUGACAAAACGGCCCAUGUGUCUUUUUCUCCAACUCUGGACCAACAGAGAAAAUGUCCAGACUGUGAUGGUACGCUCAUAGAUGGAGAUUUCUUCAUCACGUAUGAUGUCAAACGGGAUCAAGGCAUCGGUGACAUUCAGAUAGUGAACGGAUACUUUGUGCAUUUCUUUGCUCCGGCUGACUUGCCGCGACUGCCAAAGAACGUCGUGUUUGUGAUAGACAGGAGUGGGUCCAUGCAUGGGAACAAGAUAAAACAGACCAAAGAGGCCCUAGUGACCAUUCUAGAUGACCUGUCUGAAGAAGACCAUUUUGGACUGGUCACAUUUGAUGAUAAAAUCGAGUUUUGGAGACCAUCACUGAGCAAAGCCACCCCACACAAUGUAAAGGAGGCUAAGCAAUUCGUCAGAUCUAUAACUGCCAGACAAAUGACGGAUAUCAAUGGGGCUGUUAUGCAUGCUGUGGACAUGCUAACUACAGCCAAGGAAAACAACUCACUCCCUGCAAGCAGUGCAUCCAUGAUCAUCCUAUUGACUGAUGGAGAGCCCACUGCUGGAGAAGAUCAUUUACCUACAAUCCAGGAAAACGUUCGUAAGGCCAUUGAUGGACAGAUGAGCCUCUUCUGCCUGGGCUUCGGCUAUGAUGUAGACUACCCCUUCCUGGACGUGAUGGCCAAGCAGAACGACGGUCUCGCUCGCAGGAUCUACGAGGCAUCAGACGCUACGCUCCAGCUGCAGGAUUUCUAUGAAGAGGUGGCUAGUCCGCUCCUCUUAGAAGUUCAUCUUCAUUAUCCGGGCAAUGCAGUGAACUCCUUGACAAACAGCUACUUCAGGCAGCUCUUCAAUGGAUCUGAGGUUGUGGUUGCUGGUCAAGUGAACGACUUUAAGGCGGACAACAUUCUCAUUGAGGUGUUCGCUCAAGGGCUGGAGGAAGAGUUUGUGGUCAACGGCCUGGCCAGUACUGAGGAGUGGGCCGUCAUGUUCCCCGAUGAAGAGUACAUCUUUGGGGACUUCACUGAGCGUCUCUGGGCAUAUCUGACGAUUCAGCAACUCCUAGACAAGCGAGACAAGUGUGCAUGUGAAGAAAGUGAGAACAUCACAAGCGAAGCCCUGGAGCUCUCACUGAAGUACAACUUCGUCACCCCACUCACCUCCAUGGUGGUCACCAAGCCCCAGACAGAAGAAAAUCCAGAGGAUGCUGUCAUUGCUGACAAGCUGACUGAGGGGCAACGGGAGAGCAUGCAUUCACAGGAUUUCAUGGAUUAUGCUGUAGGCUACAGUCUGCUGAGCAGUUCUUACCCAGUAUUAGAUAUGGACUUUGACGCAGACGCCAUUGGGCUGCAGGGUCAGGCUUAUCCAGCAUUAAUUUUAGCAGCUGACGGCGAUCCGCAUUUCAUCAUUGAGUUGCCAGAUCAGGAUGAUGCUUUGUGCUUCAAUAUCAAUGACAAACCAGGCACCAUCUUCAACCUGGUGACAGAUCCACUCACAGGUUUUGUGGUAAAUGGACAGACCAUUGGAGACAAGAAGAUGAUCUCUGGGAGCACAACACACACCUACUUUGGCCACUUUGGGAUCAUACACGAGGAGUUUGGCAUCAGAGUGAUGGUGACCACACGGGAGAUCACAGUGUCUGAGCAGGGCAAGCAAAAAACCAUCCUCUGGUCAGAAAUGUCCUCAGUCAAGGGUGUAAACAUGGACCUGCAGGUUACCAAAGAUCGCAGUCUCACUGUCAGCCUGAGGAACUCCGUGAAGUUUGUGAUCAUCCUGCACAAAGUGUGGAAGGAGCAUCCCUACCACCAGGACUACCUGGGUUUCUACACCCUGGACAGCCAUCUACUCUCACAAAGAGUCCAUGGUGUGAUUGGGCAGUUUUUCCAUGGUGUGAAUUUUGAAGUUAGCAAUCUUGUCGAAGGGCAGGAUCCAGACAAACCUGAUGCCAUCAUGUUUGUGAAGGGACACACCCUUAAAGUGACCAGGGGCUGGCAGAGAGACUUCAGGAAGAAUGUAAAGAAUGGAGAAAAUGUGUCUUGCUGGUUCAUUCAUAAUAAUGGAACCGGACUAAUUGAUGGAGUUCUCACAGAUUACAUUGUCUCUGACAUCUUUAGUACUGUCUGAGAAAGAGAGUACCUGGAACACCCCUGAGAUCACUGAACUAUAAAUACAUUUCUUACCUUUCUCUAAUCAUUACUGCUCAAACAUAUAUAAGAGUAUUCUAUUAUUUUGGGAGGUAUAGGGGUGCCCAAACAUGUGCCACUAGACCAGGAAUUCUGUUAAUAAAAAACGAGUGGACAUUGACAUUGCUGUUGAGGCUUAUGUUUGCUUGCUUCAAAUUAAACAAGGUUAGCAACUGUCCAAACACACUGGUGCAAUAUUAUGGCUUGAACUUGUGGUUAGCCUGAAUGAUUGAUUUUAUUCCACUGAGUUGAUUUUCUUCAGUCUCUCACUCCUAGUCCAACUUAUGAAGGGAAAACUGUAUGAGGUGAAACAGUAGCAUAGAAAAUAAUCUACCCAUGAUGAAGUUCGGUAAAUAGCCUGGGCUUAUGAAUUAGGGGUCAACAUAACGACCAAAAAUUCCAGCACAGUAGAUGAGAAACCAAUAAAGUAAAUGCACAAACUAGUCACCACAGGAAUGUGGUAUUGGUGCAUCUGUAAGUGGGUAGUGCAUAUGUAAGUGCAUACUCUCUGCAUACUUAAUGUGAGUAGUGCAUACUUGUAGUGUUGCAUCGUAUAGAGGUGUCCCAAACACAAGGCAAGUGAACCCACAGAUUCUUUUGAAGGCAUUUUCUUUUAUUAACAAACUGAUGCAUUCAAUAAAGGCAUUGAAUAUUC